AUGGACAGCGACGACCUCUACCCGUCGUACGCGGGCAAUGCUGGCGAGAAGCGCAAAUCGCAAAAGGGCGGCGGCGGCGGUGGCGACCGCAAUAGCAACAAGGAAGCAUACGAGCGCGCUCAGCGAGGCCGCGACAGGAUGAAGAGUCUGGGUUGGAUCAAGACCGGGGUCCUUCUCUGCGUAGACGCCAUCGCCCUUGGAGCCCUCUCCCUGCCAGGCGCCUACGCCACCCUCGGAAUGGUUCCCGGUGUCCUAUUGACGGUCUUCCUCGGCAUCCUAGCAACUUACGCUGGAAGCCUGACGGGUUCCUUCUUCCUUCGAAAUCCAACGAUCCGAUCAUACGGGGAUGCAGGGUGGCACCUCUUUGCUCCCUUGGGUCCACGCUGGGCUCGCUGGGGUUACGAGACGUUCAGCUGGUGGUUAUGCGUGCUCCUCGUGUUCAACAUGGCCUCGCACACACUCACGGGAACUCUGAUGUGGCAGAGCAUCACGGGUGCAGCCGCGAGUUCGGUGUGCUCCUUGGCUUGGGUGGGCAUAUCGGCCGCCAUUCUCUUCCUCUUUGCCCUCCCGCCCACAUUCGCCGAUUUUGCCUGGCUAGGCUAUAUAGACUUCGCCUCCAUCGUCGUGGUCAUUGUGGCCACUUUCGUCCUCACGGGCGUGGAUACACAGAAUAACAAGCCUGGCGGCUUGGCGGGUGUGGACUGGAGCGUUCUGCCCCCACCGGGCACCACGUUCGCGCAAGCAAUGAACGCCGUAGGCUCCAUCGUUUUCGCCUAUAGCUUCAAUACGGUCCUCUUCUCUCUGCAGGUGGAGAUGCACCACCCAAAGGACAUACACAAGAGCGUCGCCCUAGUUGGCGCGGCGCAGGUAUUCAUCUACGUUGUUACCGGAGCGGUGAUUCUACGAUUUGUUGGGAAUGAGGUGAAGAGCCCGGCAAUUCUGAGCGAUCCAGGGGUGAGCCAACGGGUGGUCUUCGGCCUGGCGAUUCCAGUCAUUUUCAUCUCGGGGAGCAUCAAUGGGAACGUGGUGGCUAAGCUGGUGCAUGGGAGGUUGAUGGGAGGAACGAGGCAUCGUUACAUCAAUACGUUCAAGGGAUGGGGUGUGUGGAUCCUCAUUCUGCUAGUCGAGGCGGCCCUCUCCUUUGUAAUCGCCGAAGCCAUCCCGAUCUUCUCUGACCUCCUCUCCCUCAUAUCGGCCCUCUUCAUCUCCCUCUACUCCUUCGGCAUCCCCGCCAUCUUCUGGCUCGUGGCGCUCCGCCAGGGCUCCCCCUUUGCGCGACACAACUGGGGACACUUGGUCAUGAGCACCACGACGGUCGUGGUGGCGUCCUUUGUGCUAGUGGGCGGGCUGUACGCGUCGAUCAGCGCGAUCAAGGAGGAGUAUGCGACAGGGGCGGUGAGGGCGCCCUUCAAUUGUGCAGCGCUAGGGUAGCGCGACAGGCGCGCGUCUUCGAUGGCAACGAAAUGAUGAGAUUAGCAUUGGCUUCACCUCU